CUUUUAUAGAAUAAUAAAUAUACAUAAAACAAUUGAGCAAAUAAUGUCGCCACAGUGAUACGAAUUUUCCAGGAAAGUAAUCAUAUCCCAACUAACAAGUAAUGUAUAGCGGUUGAGAUGAAAUGGAUGUGGCAUGGCACAGCAAUCAAGGAUGGCUGACGUCAUCUUUGGAAGUUUAUGCACACUGACCCAAAAAGUGACCAUGUUCUUUUCAUUUAUAUUCAACCUUCCUCUUCUUCCUCUUCCACCUCUUCUGUUCAAACCUUGAAGAAGCAACAAGUCUAGUCUCUUGUUUCUAACAGUUAAGAUGGCUGCUUUGGCAACGGCUGAAAUCUGUGACACAAAUGCAACACACAUAACAAGUGGUGAUUUGAGGGUGCUGCAUCCAGUGUUCCAGGUGUACGGUCAAGCGAGGGGAUUCUCAGGGCCAAUUGUGACCCUAAAGGUGUUUGAAGACAAUGUGAUUGUGAGGGCAAUGCUUGAGACAAAGGGAGAAGGGAGGGUUCUUGUGAUUGAUGGUGGAGGGAGCAUGAGGUGUGCCCUUGUUGGAGGGAACCUUGGUCAACUUGCUCAGAGCAACGGUUGGGCGGGGAUUGUGGUCAAUGGUUGCAUAAGGGAUGUGGAUGAGAUCAAUGCAUGUGACAUUGGUGUGAGAGCUUUGUCCUCUCAUCCACUCAAGUCUAACAAGAAAGGAACUGGGGAUAAACAUGUCCCUAUCUAUGUUGGAGGUGCAUUCAUCCGUGAUGGAGAGUGGUUGUAUGCUGAUACCGACGGUAUCAUCGUAUCCAAAUUCGAGUUGUCCGUUUAAAUUCCAUGAAAGAUUCAACGUUACAAAUUCAAUGGUGAUUAAUCCUUCGCCCCAUUUCAUCAUUAAAAUAUUUUUCACUUUUAUUGUUGGUAUGUUUGUAAGCUUUAAAGGAUGAUAUUGUGAUUUGAUUUUAUUUAAAGUAGAAAUAUUUAGCUACCAA